ACUUUAUGAAUGAUUUGCGUCGUGCGCGCAAGGCAAAACACAGAAUCGAUGCUCUUGUCUUGUUGGGCUCCGAUUGGGUGAGUGGUGGAAAUGUGUCAGGCAUAUGCUCGCCAUGGGCGGGAGUAGACGUGUUUAUAAAGCUCCGUGGGGCGGCGACGGUGUGUUAAAAAGCGAACGAGAGCGCACGACAGAGAAAGCCUCGGUACACCCGAUGUUAGGUAGGGGAGGCGGGUCGCCCUCUGCCGCUCCGUCUCCUCACCUGUAUGGAUGACCACUACAACCUCAUCGACUCGCCCUCAGCCUGCCACAGAGGGACAAACGCCGACAACCACGGCUACGCGGAGACGGAGAAGGACAUCAUGACAGUUGUGGCGUGCGAUAACAUGCUGGAGGAAACCGUGGCGCUCCCCAGUCACCUGUCGGUGGAUCGAUACGAGCCGGACCACGAGUGCUGCGAACGAGUGGUCAUCAACAUCUCGGGACUGCGCUUCGAGACCCAGCUGAAAACUUUCAAUCAGUUCCCGGACACGCUGCUCGGAGACCCGAAGAAAAGGAUGCGCUACUUUGACCCGCUCAGAAACGAGUAUUUUUUUGACAGGAACCGACCCAGCUUCGAUGCCAUCCUCUACUACUAUCAAUCCGGGGGGCGCAUUCGGAGACCCGUCAACGUUCCCAUUGACAUCUUCUCGGAGGAAAUUCGCUUUUAUCAACUUGGCGAGGAAGCCAUGGAGAAAUUCCGGGAGGAUGAGGGCUUUAUCAAAGAAGAGGAGCGACCGCUGCCAGACCAUGAGUUUCAAAGACAGGUUUGGCUUUUGUUUGAGUACCCAGAGAGCUCUGGUCCUGCCAGAGGCAUUGCUAUUGUGUCUGUUUUGGUCAUUUUGAUUUCCAUUGUUAUUUUCUGCUUGGAGACCCUACCUGAGUUUAGGGACGACAAGGACCCGACCCCUGUCUCGCCUAUUGCGAAUGCCACUGGCCCUUUCGUGUCCAGCACUUUCACAGACCCUUUCUUUGUGAUCGAGACCCUUUGCAUCAUCUGGUUCUCUUUCGAACUGCUCGUGCGAUUCUUCGCGUGCCCCAGCAAGGCUACUUUUUCCAAAAACAUUAUGAAUAUCAUUGAUAUCGUGGCUAUUAUUCCUUACUUCAUCACUCUGGGGACGGAGCUGGCCGAGAGGCAGGGCAACGGCCAGCAAGCUAUGUCUCUGGCCAUCCUCCGCGUGAUCCGUCUGGUGAGGGUCUUUCGGAUCUUCAAGCUCUCGCGCCACUCCAAAGGCCUCCAGAUUCUCGGCCAGACCCUCAAAGCCAGUAUGCGGGAGCUGGGACUCCUCAUCUUUUUUCUCUUUAUCGGGGUCAUCUUGUUUUCCAGCGCAGUCUACUUCGCCGAGGCCGACGACCCUACCUCCAGUUUCAGCAGCAUCCCUGAUGCUUUCUGGUGGGCUGUGGUUACCAUGACUACAGUCGGCUACGGAGACAUGCAUCCAGUAACCAUCGGAGGCAAAAUCGUGGGAUCUCUGUGCGCCAUCGCUGGCGUGUUGACCAUUGCGCUGCCCGUACCGGUCAUCGUGUCCAAUUUCAAUUACUUUUAUCACCGGGAGACUGAUGGGGAAGAGCACGCGCAAUACCUCCACGUUGGCAGCUGUCAGCAUCUCAACUCCACAGAAGAGCUGAAACGGACUCAGAGCACGUCCUCCCUCAGUAAAUCGGAAUAUAUGGUCAUAGAGGAAGGCAUAAAUAGCGCUUUCAAACAGCCAAACUACUCCAACCAGAACAAUCAAAACUGCGUGAAUAUUAAAAAGAUUUUCACAGACGUCUAAAUCAUGUUCAGUGCCAGACAGUCUUACAGUAAUCACAAUGAUAUCACCAGUGUGAAUGCGAGGUGCUGCGUUAUUAGGGUACAACGGGGCUAAAAAUAAAUAAAAAAAAAUAGUUUGUUCGCAAAGUAUAUGGCAGUUGAAAAAUAUUUAUUUUUACUGAAUAUAGAUGGGGAUAUAUAAUUUGUAUAAAGUUAAUGCUACAGGUAGUUUCUUUUGAUUAAAUAAAUUAUAUAAAGGCAGCUAGCGGGAAGAAUUUGUUACCGUAUGCAAAUACUUUUGAGCACGAUAUUUUUAGAAAUGGUGUAGCUAUUUUAAGUUUAUUAACGCUUUUGGCAUUUCAUGGAGCUGCAGUGUAAUUGCAGUCGGAUUUCAUAUUGUAACUAUAGGAGAUAAUAAUACACUUUGCACAUGUAACAAAAUUAUUCCCUCCCAAUUACAAAGUUACAAAAUUAGUUGCACUACAGGUAAUCUGCAUUUAUCAUCCUUUUUUAACUAUUCAUUAGGUACUGAAAACUUAAAGUCUUGAGAUGUAUAAAAUAAUUGUAAUGAUUUCUAUUAGAUAGGCCUACAUUAAUCUGAAAUAAAUAAAUAAGUAUUUUGUUACUGCACACCUUAAGAUUCAGAAAUCUGAAAAAAACACUUCAAAAUCUUUUGUCAAAGUCUUUCGUCGUUAAAUGAUGAAUCAGGACACUUGGAGACAAACAAGUGUUUAGGAAAGUACUGUGGUAGUUUUUUGUUGCUAUUUAGUGUUUUAGGAGUAUGAAAAUCACAAGGGCCUUUUUAGAUCCGUUGUACCCUACAUUUUAUGGACAAGCCAGCAUAUUACACUAAAGUAAAGCAGGGCGCUUUUUUUUUUUUUUGGUAGAAAGGUGCCAAACUCCGAUUCAUGUGUUGCGUUUGUCAACAACACAAAGGCUAAGGAUCAGGUCAGGGACUAAAAAGAAGAAGCAUCCAUACUGCAAAUAUUGUGCUCGUAAGUCUGCGUUUGUUAUCAGUGUUAACAUAUAAUCAUCAUAAUACGUUAGUAUUCGCAAUAUCUUACGUUUUGUGGCAAAGUGAAACAACCGAAUAUGUGUCGCUGUUAAUGUGAGCAAACUGAAGAUAAUGCUGUGUUGAUCAUAUGUAUUUUGUUGAAUAUAUGGGUGAUUCAUCAAUUAGGGAAACUAGUUAAUUUAACUAAUAGAUAUUAAUAUGUCUCCUUAAUUUCUUUUUCCUAAUUUUAAGAGUGCUGAAACAGUAAAUUUGUCAGAAUUGCUUCCUACCCAGACUUUUUAACUUUUCUACUCACUUAAUUUAUAAAAUACAUUCAAAUCGGGAUUUUUUUUAAAGCAUUUUUUUAAUUUAAAUAGCAAUUUAUGUGUAUAAUUUGCUAAUAUUUUUUAACAAAGAAUUACAUGUCACCAAUACUGCUGUCAUUUUUUUAAUUAAUUAAGGGAAAUUUUAUAUUUUUUAGGUUUUUUUAGUUUUGAAGAUACAUGACAGAAUAUAAUUAAUUUUAGGAAUUAAAAAUAAAUAAUGUCCUUAGAGUAGUUUUAUAUUAGGUGUCCUAACAUUAUUAUUGGUUCAUUAUAAUUCUGAAACGAUUCUUUUUUGUAUUUUUAUUUAAUUAUGGAAAUUGGCUCAUAACUGGUUUAAAACUUUUUUCACACGUUUAUUAAGGCCAUCUGAUCUGUAUUCCAUGAUAAUUAAUAUAAAUUAACAGAGAUUUCAAAAAGUUCCCCUAAAUGAAGAAUCACCAAAACAUCUCGUGCAGACUUUUUGCAAAACUAAAACAAAACAGUAAAAAACAAUACGUUUUGUUAAUAAUGUAAUCAAAACUUUGUGUGUCUAUUGAAUCUUACUUGCUUGUACCAAAUGAAAUUUGUUAAUACUGAAUGAAAGCAAAUAUAUCUUUAUUUUGUGAUCAAAUUGUGCGAAAAUGUAGUCAUCUCCAGAUUAUGUAAAACUCAAAUCACGUCUAGCCUAAAAAUAUAGCGUUCGUGAUAUCCCUCAAAGUGAGACAUCACAGCGGUUCUGGAUUCUGGGGGGAAAAAAGAUGAAGCAUCUGAAAAGGUGGCCCGGAUCGGUGGGGGAAAAGCAUGUUGGACUCGUCGCCUCCGUGGCAUGGGAGACUACCAAAUCAGAGACUGAAAGACUAAGAGAUCACGCCUUGAGUCCGCCUUGUGAUGCAGUCUCCAUGGCGACUACAGUUUCCUGGGAAUCAGCCUGGACGUCUGUUGUUUGCUGACGAUGGAUAUUAGGCUAAUAUGAAUGAAGACAACAGGAUUUAGUAGGCUUCAGGGGAGAUCCACACAGUGCCUAGGACUGACGACCAAUAGAAACGGAGGCCGUUAACCUUUCUGCUACAAAACAGAACUGAACUCACCUUCAAACAACAAAGAAGAUGCCCGCUUAUCUCUACUGCCAAUUUCCAUUUACAUCUGACUGAAUCACCGUGAACCGCAUCACUCCAGAAGUGGCCUUUGUUGGGUGAAUUCUGCAGGUUCACAUUUAAUACGAAGAAAGCAAUACGAAGAAAACUGAACUGUUGGACUUGAACUGUUGGAUCAUCUAAGAGACCACUGCCAGAUAUUAAUCGAGCUGUUUUCUGGUGUCCAUCAUGUAUUUACAGUUUAGCUGUUGUUGUGCGAGAUGUGAGAACUGUGGAAACUAAAUCUUUCUUGCUCUUUGACCAUAUAAAUAGUCUGAAAGAUA